GUGGACUUGGAGGGAGCCGGCACCGGGACGGCGAGCAACCUGGCCGAACAGCGCUUUGGGGACACGAGGCGGGCUGAGUAGCCUCUCAUCAUGGCUUCCAGCCACACCGUGUUGAUGCGGCUGGUGGCGUCAGCGUAUUCUAUCGCCCAGAAGGCAGGAACCAUAGUGCGGUGUGUCAUCGCUGAAGGGGACCUGGGCAUCGUGCAGAAGACCUCAGCCACAGACCUGCAGACCAAAGCAGACCGCUUGGUGCAGAUGAGCAUCUGCUCUUCCCUGGCACGGAAAUUCCCCAAGCUGACAAUCAUAGGGGAGGAGGAACUGCCUCCUGGGGAAGUGGAUCAAGAGCUGAUUGAAGACGGACAAUGGGAGGAGAUCCUGAAGCAACCUUGUCCAUCGCAGUACAGUGCUAUUAAGGAGGAAGACCUUGUGGUUUGGGUUGACCCCUUAGACGGCACCAAGGAGUACACUGAAGGUUUACUUGACAAUGUAACAGUUCUCAUUGGGAUUGCUUAUGAAGGAAAGGCCAUUGCAGGCAUCAUCAACCAGCCAUAUUACAACUACCAGAACAAUGAAAAGGAGAAGUUCAGGGAGCACAGGAAUGAAGCAGAGGCAGGACCUGACGCUGUGCUGGGCAGGACCAUCUGGGGAGUUCUGGGUUUGGGUGCCUUUGGGUUUCAGCUGAAAGAAGCGCCUGCUGGGAAGCACAUUAUCACCACCACCAGAUCCCACAACAACAAGCUGGUCACAGACUGCAUUACAGCCAUGAACCCCGACAACGUGCUGCGAGUAGGGGGAGCAGGAAACAAGAUUAUCCAGCUGAUUGAAGGCAAAGCCUCUGCUUAUGUAUUUGCUAGUCCUGGAUGUAAGAAAUGGGAUACUUGUGCCCCGGAAGUGAUCUUACAUGCUGUGGGAGGGAAGUUGACAGACAUCCAUGGGAAUGCCCUGCAGUACAACAAGGAGGUGAAGCACAUGAACUCUGCAGGAGUCCUGGCUGCGCUGCGAAAUUAUGAGUACUAUGCCAGCCGAGUCCCAGAGUCCGUCAAGAGUGCGCUCAUCCCGUGAAGGAGACCUUCGCGCGCUCACCGAGGGCUGAAACUAACUGAUGAGAGCGCCAGCUGCGUUCAUCAUUGACCAGUGGAUUAUAUCAGGGUUCAGGGAUAGAAAGUGGGAUUAAGGAAUUUCCCUUUAGGUAGUCUGAUAAUCUCAUGACUUAGGCAUAUAAUACACUUUAGUUGUUGUUUCUUCUCCCUGAAAAACAUUUGCCAGGUGUGGGUAUGCUUGCAGUAGCCAUAGCUCUUCCAGUGGUUGAGCUAGGAGGAUUGCUGAAAACCAAGGCCUCAAGACCAGCCUCCACUACACAGCAAGACACGGCCUAAAAUGAAGAAAAACAAAAAGGGAAUUUACAUGGAUUAAUUAGCUAACCAGAUCAAAUUGUGUUGAUAUUUGGAUAAUUUUUUAAAUUUUGAUGUCUUAAGUGGUCUUGCUGGCUUUUGGUUAGUUGGUUGGUUGGUUUUUUGUUUUGUUUUGUUUUGUUUUGUUAGUGUUGCCUGGGUUUUGUUGGGUUUUGUUUGGUUGUUUGGUUGGUUGGUUGGUUGGUUGGUUGGUUUUUCAAGAGACGGUUUCUUCUGUUUAGCUCUGGCCAUCCUAGAACUCAGUCUGAGGCCAGGCUGGCCUUGAACUCAGAGAGCCCCCUGCCUCUGCCUCCCAAGUGGUAGAAUUGAAGGUGUGCAACACCACUCUUGGCUGUUUUUUAAGAGGAGAAAGGAAAAGGGUUAGUUCUAAACUGCUGUCUAGGUCAUUUGUAAAAUCAACAUUCCUGCUUAUAAACAAGAUUUCUUCAGGGCACAGAAUCUUAACUUGUUCCAGAAUUUCAGUUUUGUUUUUCACAGUAAUGUUUAAAAUUUCUGACUCCAACUAAGAAUGCAUAUAAUGAUAUUAUUUAUGUUGAUAGGUUUAUGGGGAAAGUUUCUUUAAAAUAUUUAGUUAUAUAUCUUCAUAUUAUAUAUCAGAUUUUUUCAGAAGUAUUUGAAAAUUAUGAAUACUGUGGGGAUUAAUUUAUUCUCAUCAUCAUUAAAGUCAUAAUUUGAAUGUUGGGUAA